AUGCCCCGGCCGCCGGUACGCCCCGAAGACCGAAAAAGGUCCACCAGGGCCUGCACGGCGUGCCGAGCGACCAAGAAGCGAUGCGACGCAGCCCAGCCAUGUCGACCAUGCGUCAAACGCGGAGUAGGCUCGUCCUGCACCUAUUCUCAACAUGUCAGGGCUCGUCGCGCACCGCCGAAUCAAUCUUCGGCCGCUUCAGGGACUCGGCAGCGUGAUCAGGUGUCCCCCUUACUCUAUCAACGGCAAGAAUCAUCUUUGCAAGAUGAGAACGAGACCGCAGGCUCGUCAACGUCCGGCAAGACGGUUACGCCGCCUGGUCCGCGCCCGGUGAUGAUGUACACCUGUAGUGGAGAAAAAGGUACGAUUUCCAUAUCGAGCGCCGCUUCAGCGACGAUAUUGAGGCGGAGGCUUCUGUGCCUCUACGUGAUGGUUGCGAUUGGUGCCCAAUGUCGUGGUCAGAUAGGAGAUGCACCCAAAGCCUUUCGUUACUUCUCAGAAGCACGCAAGCUGUCGUUCGAAGGAAUGUUGAGCGAUCCCACACUGAACACCGCUCGCGGCUUUGUGUUAAUGGCCUUCUAUAUGUUUGGCGCUUGUCGUCGCAACUCUGCGUUUAUGUACCUUGGGGUUGCCACAAAGGCGGCGUCGGUUAUGGGCUUGCACAUGGCAGAGCAGUUUCAGUCUCUUUCGGAGAGCGAGCGAAGUCUGAGGAUCGUCGACACUCUAACCGAAGAAUCUGAGUUGGGCAUGAUCAGAGCACAACAAUUCCUCGAUGAAAUUAGACAUUGGAACACGUCACUCAUGGACGACCACGAUGAUGAAGGAGGGGGAGAAGAUGAGAAGAGUGUUGCUGAACUAUCUGAUGCCUGUGUGGAUGCUGCUGUGUUCAUGGCCGAGAUGUGUGCUGACGCUCUGGACUCGCGCACAAUCAUGGGCAACAUGUGCAUACUGAAGUAA